AGAUGUCUUUUAAGGUCUUUACCAUUUUGCCUUUGUAUGGAAUGGCAGGCUCCAUCAAGCUGGAAUAAUAAUUGCUCUGGUUGAUUGAAUACAUGAAUGGUGGUCUUUUGUGGAACUUCUCCAGAACCCAGUUGGAUGGCUAUCUUGACAGAGCAGGGAAGGAGUUUUAUUAAGGGCCUGGGCAAUAAAGAUUCAAUAGAACUCUUGAGACACAAUGAUAUUUUUUUCCUGUAUGGAAGGAUGUCUUCUUUCCUAGAGACUGUGACCAGCUGGGAUGAUGCUAUUUGCAGCUUUGCAUUCCCUCCAAGAAAAGCAUAAAGUACAGUGAAAGCUCAGUUACCUGACUGGUCCAUUUUCUGGGGAUUGUAAUCAAGUUGGAACUCAAUAGAAGUCUGGAGUACUGAGAGGAUGGUAGCCUUUUUAAAGGUAAAUGAGUCUGGGAGACAGAUAGCUAACCAGGAAGCCGUCAGUCUUCAAUGCCCAGAUGUAGCAUAAAAGAAACGGACAUUAGCUGAAGCUCUCUGUAAUCUCAGAGGAUCUUUACAGACAGCGAGGAGCUUGGCAUAAACAGAGGCAAAGGAGUACAGCGCGCUGCCACUCCGUGGGUGUUGAUUGAAAACUUCGAUCUCCCCACCGUUUCACGGUUGAUCUGAAGGAUUUCUCACUUGAUCACGGAGAGUAUUUCAAUUAAGGUCUCUUUAGAUGGAAUGUAAUAAAGCAGAGGCCUCCAGAGCAUCAAUGUGUGAAUUACUAUCUCUUCACUAAAACGGAAAGCUCAGUGGUCACAGCCACAGACAUCUCAACCCUGGAUCCCACGACUCUACAUUAAGUACUGGAGUAUUUAUUACUCUACUGUGGGAGAAAGCCUUUGCCAAUGCUUACAAGGAACUCUUUAUGUCUGCUUCUCUGGAUCCUGUUUGAUGGAGGUCUCCUAACACCACUUCAGUCACAGCCACAACAGACUUUAGCCACACAACCAAAAGAAAAUGUUAUCCACCUUCAGGGGAGACGAUCCCAUUUCCAACGGGUUAAACGUGGCUGGGUAUGGAAUCAGUUUUUUGUGCUGGAAGAAUACAUGGGCUCCGAACCUCAAUAUGUGGGAAAGCUGCAUUCCGACUUGGACAAAGGAGAGGGCACUGUUAAAUACACGCUCUCUGGAGAUGGUGCUGGCACAGUUUUUACAAUUGAUGAAACUACAGGAGACAUCCAUGCCAUAAGAAGUCUGGACAGAGAAGAGAAGCCCUUCUACACACUCCGUGCUCAGGCAGUGGACAUAGAAACAAGGAAGCCCUUGGAGCCUGAAUCUGAGUUUAUCAUUAAAGUGCAGGAUAUUAAUGAUAAUGAACCAAAGUUUCUGGAUGGACCUUAUGUUGCUAGUGUUCCAGAAAUGUCUCCUGUGGGUGCCUACGUGCUCCAGGUCAAGGCCACCGAUGCAGAUGACCCCACCUAUGGGAACAGUGCCAGAGUUGUCUACAGCAUUCUUCAGGGUCAACCUUAUUUCUCCAUUGAUCCCAAGACAGGUGUUAUUAGAACAGCGUUGCCCAACAUGGACAGAGAAGUCAAAGAACAGUACCAGGUCCUCAUCCAAGCGAAGGACAUGGGCGGUCAACUCGGUGGCCUUGCUGGAACAACAAUUGUCAAUAUUACCCUCACUGACGUCAAUGACAACCCACCUCGAUUCCCAAAAAGUAUCUUCCACCUGAAAGUCCCCGAGUCUUCUCCUAUUGGCUCAGCAAUUGGACGGAUAAGAGCAGUAGACCCAGAUUUUGGAAAAAAUGCAGAAAUUGAAUACAACAUUGUCCCAGGAGAUGGGGGAAAUUUGUUUGACAUUGUCACAGAUGAGGAUACACAAGAAGGAAUCAUCAAAUUGAAAAAGCCUCUGGAUUUUGAAACGAAGAAGGCAUAUACUUUCAAAGUAGAGGCCUCCAACCUUCACCUUGACCACCGCUUUCACUCCGCUGGCCCCUUUAAAGACACUGCUACGGUAAAGAUCAGUGUGCUGGAUGUGGAUGAGCCUCCGGUGUUCAGCAAGCCAAUGUACACCAUGGAGGUUUAUGAAGACACUCCUGUGGGGACCAUCAUUGGUGCUGUCACAGCCCAGGACCUCGAUGUGGGCAGUAGCGCUGUUAGGUACUUCAUAGAUUGGAAGAGUGAUGGGGACAGCUACUUUACAAUAGACGGAACUGAAGGAACCAUCGCCACGAAUGAAUUACUAGACAGAGAGAGCACUGCACAGUAUAAUUUCUCCAUAAUUGCAAGUAAAGUUAGUAACCCAUUAUUAACCAGCAAAGUCAACAUACUGAUUAAUGUCCUAGAUGUCAAUGAAUUUCCUCCAGAAAUAUCUGUGCCCUAUGAGACAGCUGUAUGUGAAAAUGCCAAACCAGGCCAGAUAAUUCAGAUAGUAAGUGCUGCAGACCGAGAUCUUUCACCUGCUGGGCAACAAUUCUCCUUUAGAUUAUCACCAGAGGCUGCCAUCAAACCAAAUUUUACAGUUCAUGACUUCAGAAACAACACAGCUGGAAUUGAAACCCGGAGAAAUGGAUACAGCCGCAGGCAGCAAGAGUUAUACUUACUUCCUGUUGUAAUAGAAGACAGCAGUUACCCUGUCCAGAGCAGCACGAACACAAUGACUAUUCGUGUUUGUAGAUGUGACUCUGAUGGGACCAUCCUGUCUUGUAAUGUGGAAGCAAUUUUUCUACCUGUAGGACUCAGCACCGGAGCUCUGAUUGCAAUACUUCUGUGCAUUGUUAUACUCUUAGCUAUAGUUGUCCUGUAUGUGGCACUGAGAAGGCAGAGGAAGAAAGACACCUUGAUGACGUCUAAGGAAGACAUCAGAGACAAUGUCAUCCAUUAUGAUGACGAAGGAGGUGGGGAGGAAGACACCCAGGCUUUUGACAUUGGGGCUCUGAGAAAUCCGAAAGUGAUCGAAGAGAACAAAUCUCGCAGGGAUAUAAAACCAGACUCCCUCUGUCUACCUCGUCAGAGACCACACGUGGAAGAUAACACAGACAUAAGGGAUUUUAUUCACCAAAGGCUACAGGAAAACGAUGCCGAUCCAGCUGCCCCACCAUACGAUUCCUUGGCCACUUACGCAUAUGAGGGCAAUGGGUCAGUGGCGGAGUCACUCAGCUCCAUAGACUCUCUCACCACAGAAGCCGACCAGGACUAUGAUUAUCUCACAGACUGGGGGCCCCGCUUUAAAGUCUUGGCAGAUAUGUUUGGAGAAGAAGAGAGUCACAAUCCGGAUAAUGUCACCUAGGAGAGAAGAAAAGGUUGAUGAUUCACAUGUAGAGAAGAAAAAAUUAACAAAGUAACAGAAAUAACACACACACACACACACACACACACACACACACACACACACGGCUCCCGGGUUCUACAAGACAAGAUUCCUUUCAUUAUCCAGUUUCUAGACAUUUGUUCUAUUUAUCAUAUUGUCAUUUUGGGUUAUUCUGCUGACACAAGAUAAAUCCUGUAAUAUGUACUUGCUUUGUUUUGUUCUGUUAUUUCAGGACCGCACUGAGCCGAGCUCAGGCCUACUAAAUACUGUUCACUGACAUGACAACCGAGAAUGAAGAUCGCUCUGUGGCAUCACGGUGGAAGAGUGUGAGAUUUUUCUUAAUUCCACUAAAGUGCCUAUUGAAACUCUUAUCAUUUAACGUGGUGUACACAACACUCUGCUGUGAUGGCUUGGCAGGAUUCCGAGAUAAAGGGGAACGAAGCAGACAGUGUCUAUGUGUCAAGGAGCAAUCGUGACCUGCUGACUCUCAUUCCUCUCAAGAACAAAGAAUAAUACUUCCCAAACUCCAUCUUUUUAGAAGCGAAAGCUUUUUCAUUUGUGAAUUGUAAACCGAAAAGUAUUUGUUUUUCUUAGUCUUUCAGAAACUGGAAUAAAUGAGACGUUAUGAAAUUCAAUAUAUAAGUCAUGAAUUAUAAAAUCAGUGCUUAAAUCAUAACAUUAGUUCAUGUAAAAGAUGUUAAUUAAGCUGUUUGCUUUUCCAAAAACUAAAAUUAUAUACUGGAAAUAAAAAGGAUCCCUCUUUAUAAAGAGACACAUCAGGGCUCAAAUUCCAGCUUCAAAUAAACAUUGGUUUGUUUAAAUCUAUAGUGGUAUGUGGAAACUGGUUUUAAAAAGUGAACAAAUCAUGUAAGCUUUCAGUUAGAGAAAAAGUUUCACAUGUGUUUCUACUGAAAUUUCUGAAAGGAAAAUAUACUUACAACUAAUUUAAACAUGAGAAGAACUCAACAUUCAGAUUCUUAGCAUUUCUAUCAGUGAUACUUUGAUGAAUGAUUCAAAUGAAAUACAUAUCAAAUAGUGUGAUCUGUAACAAGUAUGCACACUUAUUCUGUACUACUGAACAAAUAAAGUCAGGGACUUCAGAAAAUAAAACCAAUGACUAAAUCCCAAAGGGAGCAAAAUGGAUACCAGGCAGCUGAUUCACUUGUUCUAGUGAAGUUGAUUUUUAACUUUGUCAACUCAGUUAUUAUUGGCUCAGAAUAACCUCUUCACUAUCUCAUCUACCAAAAUACUAAUGGAAAUUACUCAUUCUUAUUCUUUGUAUACAACUUUUCCAGUGUGUGCAAAUGACUUAGAAAUGGUAGAAUUUAUGACUGCAUUAGUAAACAUGGCUCCAAUCAAUUCAACAUGGGUUACAUAUUAUUCAGAAAUUCACAAGAUACGACAAGUGCAAACUGACCAUAAAGUGACAACUAUUCUUAACAAUGGUAUUUGUAACAACUAACUUCUACCUAUAACAUAUGUAGGGAAAAAUUAAAGUUAUUUAAAGAGCCAUGCAUAAGAUACGGCUACUAUCUAAUUUUGUUUUAAAAUACCAGUGAAGAUAAUUAUCAUUUGUGGGGAUAUGAAGAUGAAAGUUUACACUGUGGAAUCUUAGAAAGUAAAUAAUGGACAAAUUAAUUUAAGCAUAUUCUCUAAUUCAUAUUUUUAAUUUUUCAUGUUGUAAGGAUAUGCCCAUUUGUUUCUCUGUUUACCACAUCUUUAGACUCACUUUAUUCCUUUUGCAAUGGGAUUUAAUUUUUUUUCAGUCAGCAUACUAUUCUACUGUUGUUUCAAUUUUUAUGUAAUAAAUAAAAAUUUUCAGUAUUUCACAAUUGAGAAAAGUAACUGUCUUAUAAUUACAUUACCACACUAGAGAAGAAAAAACUAAUGUAACUUACUUCUUAUUUCUCUAUGUAUAGAGAUUGUCUUCUUGAAGAAGGUUAAUAUGCAAGACCACAUCCUAUUAAUACAUAAUUCUUAUUAAAGCUUAUUGCAUUUAGUAUUUUCACAGAAAAUAUAACUGCCUUCUCAUAAAGUUGCUGAGCAGAAGCCAUGAUGACAUGAAGAUCUGAGAGACAGAUUGUUUUAAACCACAUGACUAAGAAAAAAUGAAAACAUGCAAUGUGUAGCUCUUGGUUUUCAUCACACAUGCAGCUCCAAAUAUCUUUGUCAUUUCCUGCAUUACUUCAUUAGCUUUCUAGGCUGAUCAUAACAAGUUAUCACAAAGAAAGUGUCUUUAAAAAAUAAAGUGUAUUUCUUCAGAUCUAACAGAAGAUUUCCUCUCAGCAUCUUCUCCUGUUCUUAGAGUAGUCCUUUUCUUUUUUUUUCUUUCUCUUCUCUUCUCUUCUCUUCUCUUCUCUUCUCUUCUCUUCUCUUCUCUUCUCUUCUCUCUCUCUCUUCUCUUCUCCUCUCUUCUCUUCUUUUUUCCUCUCCUUUCCUCUCCUCUCCUCUCCUCUCCUCUCCUCCCUUCUCCUCUCCUCUUCUCUUCCCUUCCCUUCUCUUUUCCUUUCUUUCCACUGUGGUCUGAUCUUUGUGCUUGUUUCUCUUUCUCUUUUCAUAAGGGCAACCUUCUUAUUAGAACAGCAGCAUCUACCCACAGGACCUCUUUUUACCUUGUUAACCUUAUUAAAGGCCUUAUCAUCAAAUCUAAUCACAGUCUAAGGAAUUUGGGUUGGUACUUCAGUAUAUGGAUCCAUCCAAUCCCAAUCUGAAGUUAUUAAUAAUUACUUUCUAAAUAGCAUUCAAUUUACAACAACCAAUGGAAGUAAAAUAAAAAUAAGCUUAGACUUAAUGAUCAAAGUGAUAUGUGAUGUGGAAAAGAGAUCCCUUGGUGCUUACAAUUAGAGGGAUUAUUCUAUCUUUUAGAUUAAUGAAAGUUCUAAGUCUAAUAUUUCAAUAUCUGUAAUACCUUGGUAUGUUUUUAUUCAUGCAAAUGGGUUUUGACUUUCAUUAAAGCAUUAAGCAAUAUAAAAUGUUAAAAAUUUAUAUGAAUGGUUUUAGCUAUAAACAAUUAAAACACAAUUUUGUUAUUGGCUUGCAUGUCUACCUUUAUAGAUUUACAUAUGUACAUAUAUAAAACGUAUUGCUAUUCAAAGAUGUGUACAAUCAAUAUAUAAAAGUGAAGCAGUGUUAUUGAUGUACUAGAAACCAAUCUGCGUGCUUUGAACCAUAUUCACUCUAUAGAUUCAAAAUGUUCUAUGGAUCAAAUUCCUUGGCCUUCAGUGUUUUAUUCUUUUUAGUAAAACUAAUUUGCUAUAUUUAGUGUCAUGUACAAUUACUCUGAAGUUUUCUUAUCCUUAAAUUAUAGUAAUGACUGUAUGAAACAUAGCCAAUAAUUUACAUACAGACUAAGAUAAUUUGAAGACUCAUGGGUAUUUGAAAUCAUUUUCAUAAAAAUAAUUUUAAUCAUAUAGGGACUUGACUGAUCAGUCAUGAAAAUUCAUGAGUUCUACUUCAGAGAACUAUGCAAUUAUUCUUUAUGGAUAUAUAUGAAAAAUAUUCGGUGAAAUCAAAAUGUAGAAGAAUGUACAAGAAGAGAGAAAAAGCAUCAUAUCUUAAUGAUAACCCAGUUAUUGAGGAAGGGAUAUUCUCUUUCCUUAAAAAUUAUGCAAAAAUGUCAGUACCAUUAGGAAAUCUGAGGUUAUUAUGCAAUAUCAUGAUAGAAUAGGGGAUUCACACAAGCCCUGGGUUCCACUCUAAGACCCACAAAUACAGAAAAACAAUAAAAAUGAAAACAACAUCAAUAAUCAUAACUUAAAACAAAUGUAAAUAUGAAAACAUUGUAUUUUAGUGGAUACUGAUUAAGUGCAUUCCUAAAAAUGGAGGUGGUUUAACUUAGUGUUAUGUUACUAGCCAAAAGACUGAUUAUGAAAGAGGACUGGCUUACAUAAGAUCCUUUCCUUAAUAACUAUCCCCUUGUCCUCUAAAAAAGUGGCUGUUUGGUUAGCUCUCUAAAACUUAUUUGGAUCCAUUAUUUCCUUGUUAUGUUAAAAAGUGGUUUUGGGGGAGGAGAAAUUGCUCAAUUUUAAGAGAACUUGCUGCUCUUCAGGAGGACCUGGGUCCAGUUCCCAGCACGGUUCUCAGGAUGCCACAUGACUGUCAACUAACUUCCUUACCCAGAAAUUUUGAUACUCACUUCUGGACUUAAAUAUACCUGCAUACACACAUGCAGAUACCUUUAAAGAAAUACACACAUAUGCACAUGAUUAAAAUAAAACGCAUUUAUUUGGAAAGCGUAUUUUGUCUCAUAUUCUGUCAUCAGCUCACUAGGUGAAACAGAAGGCUGCCUGUACCCAACCUACAUCAAAUAAGAUACAGUGUUUUGUAUGAGGCUAUUCAUCAUUUUCCUUAUCUCAGUGUUAAGAAGUUUCAUUUUAAGUCUCUACACAUAUGUUGUCAUUCUCAUGACUAAAUAUUUUCUCCCUCUUUUAGUAUGGAGCUUUGGAACCUGUAAUUCUGUUAAAUUUCCCUUUGUUCACUCUGGUGGAAUCUUAAUGUUUACUUUUUUGUAAUUUUAAUACUUGGUUUUUGUAUAUUCUUUGUUUAAUAGUAAAUUGUAUUAUCUUUUGAAUUUUACUUUCCACUACAUGUGUUAUCCUAUUUUGCGAUGUUCAUCUUAUUUAUUUCUAUUAGUUGUAACCAUUGUAUUCACAGGGAUUUUUUGUAAAUUACCAGGGUAUUUGUUAUGGUUCUGUUUUUUCUUUUUCUAUUUUACAGCUAAUAAUAUGUAAGUUUUAUCUUGAGUUUCUUAUUAUUUUAAUUAUAGCUGUUUACCAAUUACUUAUUCAUUUUUCUCCCUAAGUUGGAUGCAAAGUCACAGUGUAGGGGAAGAAAUCAUAUUAUCUUAAGCAUUCUUUUAAACAUACUCCCUUCAGCCUCUCUCAUUCCUCAAUUCAGUUUUCUCUUUACUUGAAAUAAGAUUCUGACAUAUUUUAAUGUCAUGUGAGAAGGUCCACUUUUGGACCAAAGGCUUCACUGCUUUCCAAUAGGAAAAUCCACUACUGAGUUCCACCCACAAUCCCAUCACUAAACCAUUAACCUUCAACUCAUAUACCCCAAAUGCUGAGUGCUACAUAGACUAUGUGACAUCAGGUUUGCUGUAAACAUAAAAACGUUGAUACAGAUACAUCCAUUUACGUAUUAUGAAAAUAGUAUAAAGAAAGUUUUACAAAAAAUAUUCCCUUAUCAUGAAAAUAGUUAUCAUUGUAAUAUUUUUCAGUAUAGAAGGACAUACAAAUAUAAACAAAAUCUGUAAAAUAUAUUCUGAGAAAUUUAGCUGUUAUAUCCACUUUAACAAACAACCACAUCAACAAAUUUUUCCUGUUUUUUUAUGUAUACAUAAUGCAUAUGCAGAUGAAUGCAUAUAAAUGUUUUUUCUAAUUAGUAUUGUGAAAUGCCACUGAAUUUCUUCACUGAAUUUCUCAUAAUUUCUAGUGUUGUGGAUUUUUCUGCAAUCAAUCUAAUUGGCAAAUUUAUUAAAAGUUUUUAAUUUACCUAGGCAUUUAAUUUAUUCAUAUUUGUAUAGUUUUAUGAAAAUUGAAGAAAUAUGAUGAAAGAAAACCCAAACAACUUGAAUAAGACUGAGAAAUAAUAAAUAAGGAAUUAAAACACUUUGAUUGUGAAGACCUGAAUAAAUCUAAUGUCAAUAUCCAUUAUGGGACUCUUCCCAUGAUUAUCUUCCAACUUUCAGGCUAGUGUUUAUUAUAUUGUUCUUACAAAUGAAGUUAACAAUGGCCCCUGGCGAUUCUGAAUCAUAUUAUACUUCAUCAUUAAACUUCUUUAUUAAGAAAAA